AUGGAUAGCGAGGACAAAGAGCUUUUACGAGAAUGGCUUAUUUUGAACCUUGAACCAGUAAGCGACGCUGAUCCAGAGGUGUUAAGUAAAUAUGUCUUAGCACUGGUACAGAAUAAUCCACAUACGCUUGACCUUCAAGAUACGUGCAUCUCGAAGCUUGAAGAAUUUCUUGGCGACGAGACGGCAGGAUUUGUGGUAAAAUUAUUCAAAGCGAUGGCCGACGGUUCGUACAAGGCCAGUCAAGUCGUUCGCAGAGCACCAAGUGACGAACAGUCCCGAAUUACUAAUGGGUUUGACGCAAGUAGUAGUCAUCGACCUUACCGCACUCCUUUUGAGAAUGAGGAUGAGCAGCGACGGUAUAAUAAGCGGCGUUAUGAGGAUGAUGAACCGCGAGACGGCGAUUUUAAGCGGCAUCAGGGCAGUCCCAGGAGAGAUUUGAACUUUAGUAGACGGCAGCCUUACCCAACCCGUGACGGAAACGUGCGAGGUGGCCUCAUUGGUGGACAUGUACCGGCAACGUACGGUUUGGGUGGAGAUCGUCGUCGCAAUUUCCCCUUUGAAUGGGGAAUGCCUCCACAAGGUAUGUGGCCACCGCAUUUUCCGCCGCCUCUCCGAGGUGCGAGCUACCCGCCAGAUUAUGAACUUAAUGGGUACAUGAGAGAGAAUGGUGGCAUGAUGCCGCCACCCCACAUGAUGAUACCACACCCGAUGGGGGGUCGCGGUCAUUUUUUUUCUCCUGGGGGUCGCGGAGGCCGAGGCGGACGUGGUAAUUUCUUGGCAGGACGAGGCGGCAAGGAUGGAGAAAAUAGCGAGGCACCCACCGCUAAGACGACGCUUUACGUUAGACAUGUCGACCCAAAGUAUGUGAACAUGACCAUGCUAAGCCUGCACUUUUCCAAGUUUGGCAAUGUGGUCAAUGUGCAGAUGCGACCUACCGCUAAAUGUGCUUUUGUUCAAUACGCUACCGAAGAUGAGGCAAAGAAGGCUUUCCACUCACCACUUCCAGUGUGCAAUAACCGCUUUAUUUCAGUAAAAUGGGCCAGACACGAUGCCCAUAGUCCAGAAGAAACAGUAGCCGUCGACCAAAGUGACGCUGCAUUGGAAAAAACGUCUGUAGAAAACGGUGUAUCCAACAAGGACGCUACGGCAGAAAAGAAUACGAAAAACGCUGGUGAUGACGAAGGAGAGUCUUUUGAUGCAAUGCAUGAGAAUAAUAUGACAACGGAGGAGCUGCGCGCAGCAGCACUAGAGAAGGGUCGAUUAGUUUUGGAACAAAAGCGCGAACUGUUGGAAAAGCAGCGUACACUCAAGAAGCAAAAGGAGGAGCUGCUUAAGCGGCAAUUAUCCCAGCAAAAGGAGCUAUUGGAGCGAAUGAGUGCAAACAGCUCGCAGUUUUCCAUAGCGGAGAAGCGCGAUCUUUUGAACAAGAUCACAGCGUUGUCUGCCGAGUUGAAAGCAUUGACCUCCCGUCCUUCGGUUGUCUCGCCGAAAACAGCUGCGAUGCGGCCAGCCGAAACUGGCGAAAGUGGUGAAAACUUAAACGGGCUGAAGGCUGAGCUUAGUGCACUAGAGGCUGAAGCCGAGGCAUCAGGCGGCCCGGGGGGUUGUGGCGGCCGGUGGUCUUCGGGCCGUGGCUAUAGAGGAGGCCGUGGUGGUCGCGGCCGAGGAGGUUACGGUCGUGGUUCUCACACGUUAGACAACCGCACAACGAUCGUGAAGGUUGUAAACUUGCCUGAGGAGGCUCGCGAUCCUAUUGUGCUGACGCAGCACUUUGGCAAUUUUGGCGCCGUGGAACGUGUCGUGAUGGAUGGGGCGGCUCCUGACCAAGGGUUCAUCAAGUUUCAGGAUCGAUAUGCCGGCCAAGCUGCUAUGAAUCAUGGUAACGUGUUUGCCAAUAAGCACUUGUCCAUGGAAUGGGUUGAGUACCAAGAAGCGCCAGCAGAGCUUACGCGGAGUGACUCACCGAGAGAAGCUGCAGCAGUGUCUACUGUCGUAGACUCUAAAGCAGCCAAAUCAAGCGACGAGCAGGUCCCUUCGAACGCGUAA